UGGAAGCGUCGGUUGGUGUCGAGUUAUGUCUGGGCGAGGCAAACAAGGCGGCAAGGCUCGCGCCAAGGCUAAGACCCGGUCUUCGCGGGCUGGGCUUCAGUUCCCCGUGGGCCGAGUGCACCGUCUGCUCCGCAAAGGCAAUUACGCUGAGCGGGUCGGGGCUGGCGCUCCGGUGUACUUGGCGGCGGUGCUGGAGUACCUGACGGCCGAGAUCCUGGAGCUGGCGGGCAACGCGGCCCGCGACAACAAGAAGACGCGUAUCAUCCCGCGUCACCUACAGCUGGCCAUCCGCAACGACGAGGAGCUUAACAAGCUAUUGGGUAAAGUCACUAUCGCGCAGGGCGGCGUACUGCCUAACAUCCAGGCCGUGCUGCUGCCCAAGAAGACCGAGAGCCACCACAAGGCCAAGUAGGGACCAAGUUUGGAAGCAACAAAAGGCUCUUUUCAGAGCCACUUCUAUCAUCAUAAAAAAGGUGACACGACUUGGUACAUUUUUAAUUUGUUCUGUGAAGUACAGUACUGAUACUCUCUAGUUAGGCUUCAGUCCUAGGAUAUCCUCAUCUUUCUUGUUCAUAUUUCACAGUUGUUAAUUUAGAAGUCCACAAAAUUGACAUUUGUGUUAGACUAAUUUCAAAAUCACUGAAGCUACAAGGUUAUUGGCUCAUAUCUAUAUAGGUCCAUAUGUGGGAGUUAGGCAAGUGGCAUAAGUGAGUUUUUAUGAAGCCAAAGCAUCUGUUAGAGGGGCCCUGAGGUGGUUUUUUUGUGAAUGAUACACAAACUCAUUUGGGGUGUCAGAAAGAUAGUAAAUCCUGCAUCUUAAAAUUUGCUUUUAAAGAGUUGUUUUAAAACAAGAUACGCAGUCGUUACUUAGGCUUAUUUUCAACAAAUAUCACACACUUGGAUACCAGGCAUUAAGGAUACAAUGUUAAUGAGACGCCGCCGGUCCUAAAGAAAAUCUAAUGGGGAGAAACAAAAAGAACAAUGUAGCAAGAUAAGUAAGCUCAGAAUAUAAGGGGAGCAUAGAGGAAUAAGAUCUGUGAGAGGUAACACUUGGUCUGGGGAUUAAAGGAAGUCGGGAAAUAGAGGAAAGUGUAGGGAUUCCAGCAGAAAAUGAGCGUCACCAAAUUCAUGGCUUGUGGUGUGUGCAGGCAAAUGACAAAAAGUUCGAUACUGGCAAAUAAGGCAGAGUGGUCGCAAGAGAGGAAGAGCCAGAGGGAUUUCUAGGCCAGCCCUUUGGUUUCAAUGCUUUAUAUAUACUAAUGACUUCCAAAUCUUAUGUCCAUCCCAGACUUACCUCAAGUUCAGACAUACACAUACAUCUACUUUCUGAUAUUCUUGUAGAUCUCCGGUGAAUUCAAAAUGUAUAUCCCAGACUGAACAUCAUCACUACUUUCCCAGUGAAUCUUAUCUUAGUACUUGGCAUCACCAUCUACCCAUUAGCAUGAGCCAAAAUGGUCUGGCGUCUUGAGUAUUCAUUUUUGUGAGCCAUUACUAUAGCAAA